AAACAAACAAAUAAAACCCACCGCCCGUGGGCCAGCCCCGAUCCCCGCCUCCGGGUCCUCCGGGGCUCCCCGCCCGCGCCUGCGUCUGGGCACGUCCCCCCUAGUGGCGCGUCCCACGCACGUCCCCGCACUUAACCUCUGCGCGCCCGGCGCGGUGCUGGCGGCGGGGAGCGCGAGCCUGCAGCCGCAGCCCUGCGGACCAUGACUUGCUACCGGGGCUUCCUGCUGGGCAGCUGCCGGCGCGUGGCGGGUGGCCGCGCGGCUCUGCGGGGCUCGGGCGCGGACGGGCGGCGGCACUUGGGGCACGGGCAGCCGCGCGAGCUGGCGGGUGGUGGUAGCCCCGCCGACGGCGGCUUCCGCCCCUCGCGGGUGGUGGUGGUGGCGAAAACCACCCGCUACGAGUUCGAGCAGCAGCGGUACCGCUACGCGGAGCUCUCGGAGGAGGACUUGAAGCAGCUGCUUGCAUUGAAAGGCUCGAGCUACAGUGGACUACUUGAGCGACAUCAUAUUCACACCAAAAAUGUAGAACACAUAAUUGAUAGUUUACGGGAUGAAGGGAUCGAGGUUCGCCUGGUCAAGCGGAGGGAGUAUGAUGAAGAGACUGUUCGAUGGGCAGAUGCUGUCAUAGCUGCAGGAGGUGAUGGCACGAUGCUUCUGGCUGCGAGUAAAGUUCUGGACAGACUUAAGCCUGUCAUUGGGGUCAACACUGAUCCGGAACGGUCUGAAGGCCACUUAUGUCUGCCUGUGCGAUACACACAUUCCUUCCCCGAAGCCUUGCGGAAGUUCUCUCGUGGUGAAUUCAGGUGGUUAUGGAGGCAGAGGAUCAGGUUAUAUCUGGAAGGGACUGGCAUAAACCCCUCUCCUGUGGACCUUCAUGAACAGCAGCUGAGCUUGAAUCAGCACAGCCGAGCCUUUAACAUUGAAAGAGUGCAUGAUGAAAGGUCGGAGGCGUCAGGACCUCAGCUUCUGCCGGUGAGAGCGCUCAAUGAAGUCUUCAUUGGGGAGAGCUUGUCAUCCAGAAUGCCUUAUUGUUGGGCUGUAGCAGUGGACAAUUUAAGAAGAAAUAUACCCAAUCUAAAGGGACUGGCUUCCUACUAUGAAAUUUCAGUUGAUGAUGGCCCGUGGGAGAAGCAGAAGAGUUCAGGGCUCAAUUUGUGCACUGGAACAGGAUCAAAGGCCUGGUCAUUCAAUAUUAACAGGGUUGCAGCACAGGCUGUUGAGGACGUUUUAAAUAUUGCAAGACGACAAGGAAAUCUGACCCUUCCAUUGAACAAAGAAUUGGUAGAAAAAGUAACAAACGAAUAUAAUGAAUCAUUGCUCUACAGUCCAGAAGAACCAAAAAUACUUUUCAGUAUUCGAGAGCCAAUAGCAAACAGAGUUUUCUCAAGCAGCCGUCAGCGUUGUUUCUCCUCAAAAGUUUGUGUUCGUUCUCGAUGUUGGGAUGCCUGCAUGGUUGUGGAUGGAGGAACAUCUUUUGAGUUCAACGACGGAGCAAUUGCUUCAAUGAUGAUCAAUAAAGAAGAUGAGCUUCGAACUGUGAUUCUAGAACAGUGAAAGGUUUCUUCCUCCAACAGUUUUGAUUACUAGAGACAUUUUUUUCUGCAGAUACAGAAGACCAGCCGUAGACCGACCUUGUUAGGGUUCUUAAUGACGGGCUACCACUAGAGUCAAGGUGACAGAAUGGGAUGCAUGUGCUCUCCUGCUGAUUCUGACAGACGAGCUGUUCACCGUGAGAGAGAGAUGGACUAAAUGGACUAGAAUUAUGUGGAAGUUUCUCUGUAUUAUUUACAAUUGGUAACCAAGAGCAUUGAUACUCUUUAGAGAGGCAGGUUAAAUAAAGGAUUAAGCAUUUAGGAUUUGAAAUGUAACUGGACAAGUGUUGUUUUCUUCCUAACUUUGUGGGAUUGGCCACAUGUAGCAGUUGAUUAGUACAUUAUUUUUAUAGUACCUAAAAGUAAAGAUUUUUAAAAAUUUUGAUGAUGGAGAAUUUUGAUAAAUCCUGAUGUUGACUUAACUGAAGUUGGUAAAUAUGUUUUAUAUAGCUUAGAAUUUUCUAAUUCUAGGAAACCGUGAUGAAGUCACUAUUGAUUGAGAAAGUGGGAACAUCUUUAAGAUUAUUUGUAGACAAAUUCUGACUUGUUUUGGGUAAUGUCAACAAUGCUUGAAGAAACACAUCUAUGGGACAUAUCAUGACACUUUGUAAAAGUAUUAAUUUCCAUAGUAAUUGUUGUUCAGACAAGUAACUGAGUCCAAUAGCCCCUUUCCUGUUUUUGGUUUUGAAUUUCUAUUAUGAAAUCAAGGAUUAGAAGGAUAAUCAAUGAUUGUAUUCUGUUAGGAGUUCAGUAAAAUGUUCAAAAGCCCUUCCUUUAGUAUUGGGAAUGGACUCUUUAGUAAACACCUAAGACAUAGUUUUGGAAUUGCCUUAAGUUACUAUUGUGAUCUCCAUUUACUGUAUUCUAAAAUUUAAAUAGCUUUGCAGGAUUAAACAUCAGAGCUUCCCCAUCUUCUGGUAUCAAAACCACUUUUAGUUUUGGAGGAAACUAUUUUAAAUCAUUUUGUUUGUUUGUUUGUCUGGUUGGUUUUUUGAGACAGGAUUUCUCUGUAUAGCCCUGGCUGUCCUGGAACUCAUUCUGUAGACCAGGCUAGCCUCGAACUCAGAAAUCCACCUGCCUCUGCCUCUGCCUCCUAAGUGCUGGGACUAAAGGCAUGCACCACCACUACCCGGCUAUUUUAAUUCUUGAUUUUGUUUUCAAAAAAAGCUCCCAUUGCUAAGUAAUGGGUGGUAUUUUCAUGCCAGUUUUUUCAGACUUGUGUAUUUUAUUGACUAGAUGUUUAUUGAAGACCCAUUCUGUGCCAUCUAUCAUAUGUAUAAGUAUAUAUCUAUAUCAUGUUAUAGAUAUAUCAUGUAUGAUAUAAUGAAGUGUUGCAUAGACAUUGAAAUAGACUGUUUAUAGAACUUGAGCCUAGUGAGAUCAGAAAUCAAAAAUUAAAGCGAGGAUGUAUGAUCAGAUCAGAUGCUCUUAGCUUUGCCAAACUCAACAUGCUGCUCUUAACAAUUAAAAAUGAAUGUCACUGUGAGAGGUAAUGUAGAUCUAAAUUUUUGUGUUUAUUCAGAACACUUUCCUUGACUAUCUACAGAAGGAAAUAAGUGGUUUUUGCUGAGCCAACUCUAAUUUCUAGUUUAACUUUUUAAAAAAGGAUAUAUUUAAGAUAUCCCUUUAUAUGAAAGAAAGGGAAUUCAUAUAGAGAAUUCCCCUAAAAGGCUUAGAAUACCGUUAGAAAAAAAAAUGCCACUCUCAUCCGUAAUGUAUCUAGAUCUGGUUGUCCAUCGUGUACCACAGGUAUAUGUGGUAAUGUAUGCACCAGUAACUGGUAGCCAGCUGUGUGGAACUGUUCAUAAGCUAGCUCUGGAAAGGUAUUAAAAUUACUUACUAUGCUCCGCCUACCAUCUAACUUCUGUGCUGUGGCAGGAGGGAUUUAUUUGUAAUAGACUAAUGGCAAAGGAUGUUGGAAUAUCAAAAAUGUCUUUAAAUGAGUUAACCUUUAAUGACCACUUUAUUCAAAUAAAAUUAAACCAUUGUCUGUCCA